AUGUAUCCCCUUUCGUCUCCCGUAAUUCAAUACGAAGCGCCCUCAGAAACGUACACAUGCCGCUCCUCGUCUCGCCGCCAAGAGAAUGACCUCGAACAUGCCAUACCGUGUGACUCCAUCUUCACAGACGGAACUGCUCAUCCGCCGCUCUCCGGCCUGCUCGACAAUGAGUGGAUCAGGGCCGGCAUGUCCGGCGAAGUCCGAUGUGCAAGGCCAUUUCGGGGCACAAAAAAGCGGGAAGUGCGAGUGCCAAUGCGCAUGCACCGGUGGGGCCCAGAACAAAAACGGGGUGUCCAGAGAGUUGGAAGCAGAAGAGAAAGUGUGUCGACGGGUCGAGGGUGGGCGAGCGGCGUUUUAUAG